AACCGUACUAGUUGUGUCCGGGAGCCGUCUUAGGCGCUGGCCUCUUAGAGUUGGUGCAAGCUGAAGCCGGGAAAGUAGUGUGAAGGUUCUUCAUGAGAAGUGUCUGCCGGACUGCAAUACUUCAAGAGACUUGAGAACGAGAUUGUGACUUUGAGGUGAGGUUGUAAGAAGUGGACUUGAGAGACAAAUUUACUAUAGAUCAGAGGACGAUCUAUUGAGUGGAGUAUUAGAAUCCUGGAAGAAGUGUGUUCUGCACUAGGUGGGGCAAUGGCCCAAGUCCCAACUGCUUACUCGUUUGAUGCCCCCACCGACUUUAUCAACUUUUCAUCUUUGGAUGCUGAAGAGGACACUGAAAAUAUAGACUCAUGGUUUGACGAGAAGGCCAACUUGGAGAACAAGUUUCUUCGGCAGAGUGGAAUAGGAGAACCUUUUCAGGGGAAGACGUCCUUGAGAAAAGCCAAACUUCAACAGGGCUGUGUCACACCGUUGAAGGCAGUUGAUAACACUUACUACAAAGAGACAGAAAAGGAAAAUCUUCAGAAGCAAUCUAUCCCAUCAAAUGAUUGUCCUUCCCUGAAUGCUAAGAGAGCUGUGACAGGAACUACUCCCAUCCAGCCUCAGAGAAGAUCUGUUAGACUCUCCGCUCAGAAGGAUUUGGAGCAGAAAGAGAAAAACCAUGUUGCCUCUGUUGAAAUGAAAGCCGAGAGAUGCACUGCUCACACGACUGAUUAUCCCCCCAACAAGAAAAUGAAAGUUUCUCAUAAAAAGAAACCGGAGGAAGAGGAGGAGGGCAGUGCUCCAGCUACUUCAAGAAAGGAUGAAACUCUGGAGAGGGCCAAGGGCAAACACACUGUGCCUGCUGUGCCGCCUGCCAGGGAGAAGACUGUAAAGAGUACUGAAGAGCAGGAGUUAGAGAAGAGUCUGAGAAUGCAGCAGGAAGUGGUGGAGAUGCGGAAGAAGAAUGAAGAGUUUAAGAAGCUGGCUCUCGCAGGGCCAGGGCAACCUGUGAAGAAAUCCACCAGCCAGGUUACCAAGACAGUUGACUUUCACUUCCUCACAGAUGAGAGAAUCAAACAACAUCCCAAGAGCCAGGAAGAGUAUAAGGAAGUGAACUUCAUGUCCGAACUUCGAAAGCAUUCUUCCACUCCUGCCCGAGGGACCAGAGGAUGUACCAUCAUUAAGCCUUUCAAUCUGUCCAAAGGAAAGAAAAGAACAUUUGACGAAGCAGCGUCUACAUAUGUGCCCAUUGCACAGCAGGUUGAAGCCUUCCACAAACGAACCCCUAAUCGAUACCAUCUGAGGAACAAGAAGGACGAGAGCUUGUUACCCUCCAAACCUGUGAACAAGAUUGUACGAGACCCCCAGACCCCUAUACUGCAGACCAAAUACCGUGCAAGGGCUGUGACCUGCAAAAGUGCGGCAGAGAAGGAGGCCGAGGAGCUUGAGAAACUGCAACAAUACAAAUUCAAAGCACGGGAACUUGAUCCCAGAAUUUUUGAAAGUGGCCCCAUCUUGCCCAAGAGACCACCUGUUAAGCCUCCUACCCAGCCUGUUGGUUUUGAUUUGGAAAUUGAGAAACGAAUUCAUGAGCGAGAGUCAAAGAAAAAACCCGAAGAUGAACAAUUUGAAUUUCAUUCCAGACCUUGCCCUACUAAGAUCUUGGAAGAUGUUGUGGGUGUUCCUGAAAAGAAGGUUAUUCCAGCCACUGUCCCUAAGUCACCAGUUUUUGCACUGAAGAACAGGAUCCGAGUGCCUGUCAAAGAAGAUGAGGAAGAGGAGAAACCAGUAGUGAUAAAAGCUCAACCUGUGCCACAUUAUGGGGUGCCUUAUAAACCCCCCAUCCCAGAGACAAGAAAUGUGGAGGUGUGCCCGUUCUCCUUUGAUACCCGGGACAAAGAACGCCAGUUGCAGAAGGAGAAAAAAAUAAAAGAAAUGCAGAAAGGAGAGGUGCCCAAGUUCAAGGCACUUCCUGUGCCCCAUUUUGACACCAUUAACCUGCCAGAGAAAAAGGUAAAGAAUGCGACUCAGGCCGAGCCUUUCUCCUUGGAGACAGACAAGAGAGGUGCCUACAAGGCCGAGAUAUGGAAGCACCAGCUGGAAGAAGAGCAGAAGCAGCAGAAGGAAGCCGCUUGCUUCAGGGCUCGUCCAAACACUGUCAUCUUCCAAGAGCCCUUUGUUCCCAAGAAAGAGAAAAAAUCAGCUGCUGAGAACCCUUCUGGUUCUCUAGUUCAGGAACCUUUUCAGCUGGCCACCGAGAAGAGAGCCAAAGAGCGGCAGGAGCUGGAGAAGAAAAUGGCUGAGAUGGAGGCCUGGAAACUACAGCAGUUGGCAGAAGUCAGGCAGCAGGAAGAGGAGCAGCAGAAGGAGGAGCUAGCCAGGCUCCGGAAGGAACUGGUGCACAAGGCAAAUCCAAUCCGAAAGUACUCAGCAGUGGAGGUGAAAUCCAGUGAGCUGCCUCUGACCGUGCCGGUGUCUCCUAAGUUCUCCACUCGGUUCCAGUAGAAGCCGCCGCAUGUACACCACAGGCACAGAGAACACGUUUUCAGACUCACCUGAGAACUGUGGAGGCCAGGUUUUGAAGAUCGAGUUACAUGGAGACUUUGAAGCUAAUGAGACAGCACUCAUUUAGACUCCUCAGACUUCCUGUAGUUAUUUCCUGCAGACAUUAGCUGGCCCUUUCCUGUUGGUCUUAACUCUGGCCAGGACUUCAACUAUUCAUUUUGGCAUAGUCUACUUUUCACCUAAUCUCCCCCUUCUCCCCCUUUAUAUAUGUAUUUUAAGCAUAAAAUAAAGGCAGUCAAGUCCUAGG